CUCAGCGAUGGCGCUUGAGCUGCGGCUCUGGAAAUUGUCUUCGGCUUGCAGGAGCCUAGAGCGGGCCUGCGCCGCCCUCUCCAGCUCCACGCCGCCGGCCGUGAGCCCUGCCGAGCAGCCUUCGGAAAACGAAGCCGUGGCCCCCGAGUUCACCAACAGGAAUCCCCGGAACCUGGAGCUCUUGGCAGUGGCCAGGAAGGAACGAGGUUGGAGGACCGUGUGGCCCUCGCGGGAGUUCUGGCACAGGUUACGAGUUAUAAGGACUCAGCAUCACGUAGAAGGGAUUGUUGAGCAUCGAAAUGGCCAGGUUGUGGUUUCAGCAUCCACCCGGGAAUGGGCUAUUAAAAAGCACCUUUACAGCACCAAAAAUGUGGUGGCUUGUGAGAGUAUAGGACGAGUGCUGGCCCAGCGUUGCUUGGAGGCAGGCAUCAACUUCAUGGUCUACCAACCAACCCCAUGGGAGGCAGCCUCAGAUUCGAUGAAACGCCUACAGAAUGCCAUGACAGAAGGUGGUGUGGUACUGAAGGAGCCUCGGAGAAUCUAUGAGUAAAAAGCAUCAUUAUUUUGCAUGUGUAAAUGUAAGACCUAUCAGCUACUGCAGCCAUUCAAAGAAAGCAUCUAGAAGAACAAGCAGCAUGGAGUUGAGAGCAAUAAUGUAACAGAGGAAGAUGAUUUGUAGUUAGGGUUCCUUGUC